AUGGAUGCCUCGAAAGCAGACUCUCGGCUGCCAGAGUACUUCCCGCUCAAGCUGAAAAAGUGCACCGAAGUGUCGGAGCAGUUCUUCAGCUGCUACGAAAAGGAGUCCUUCCCGAAUGGCGAUCCUUCUGUGGCCAAGGCGGCGCUGCUCACCUGCCACGAGCAGCUUAUUGCCUACAAAGCGUGCAUGGACAAGUUCGUCGGACCCAAAGCCCAGUUCAAGCGCUGA